AUGGGCAUUUUGCAUGAGGAUGUUGUGGUAAUUAGCCAAGCAGAGAAGGCUGGGGAACCCACUACUUCAACCUCACCCUCAACGUCGGCGAUCGAUGCCUCCUCGUCGAAUCCAACGUUGGGGAGCCAGUCGGAGAGAAGGGAAGGCAUGUUGAGGUCGUCGGCUAUAGGAGGGAGACUUGCUGUAUGGGAGGGAGACUUUGUUGGGAUUUUUUGUUUUUGUUUUUUUGGUUUUGAAAAAAUAUAUAUAUAUUUUUUAAAAUUAUUCUUUAAUUUUAUUUCUGAAAUGCUUUUCACGUGGACUAGUUGGAAUGAGUUGUCAUGGUCUGUGACGAGUCCCACAGUUGACACAUCAACAUUUAACGUUUGA